GAUUCAUCAGAUCUCUCCGAGGACCUUUCAGGGAAGAUUUAAACCUGAGGAUUCGGUAUGAAAGCGGUAUGGAAAGUGUUUUUUGUUCACUUUUGUGUGAGCACCGCCCGAAUAGAAGCUUUCUUUAAAAAUCCUAUCAAGAUACCUACAUUCAAUCCAUUGGAAAUGUUGUUCGUUAACAAGUGCAUGGAAGAAUUAGGAUGCUUCUAUACCGGAGGGCCCUUUUUUCAUCCAAUAAUUCGACCUAUUAGCUUACCACCUGUUGACAGUCCCAAACCGAAAUUCUACCUAUUUACACGAACCAAUCCCAAUGAAGCUUACAAUCUAGAAAUAACGCAAGAUUCGUUGAAAAAUUCUCUGUUCAACCCAGAAGUGGAGAGCAAGUUCUUCAUACACGGGUUCUACUUCCCCAUGAAACCUGAUGACAUAAGAUAUAAAACAAAGGACGCUCUUUUGGAAAGGGGAGAGUACAAUGUAUUUGUAGUAGAUUGGACAGAAUACAAUGGUCCGCUUUAUGCGCAAGCUACAGCGAAUACACGAGUCAUAGGAGCUGUCAUAGCGAAGAUGAUAAAUUUUCUUAUAGCCGAGACUGGAGUCUCGCCAGAAAGUUUUCAUCUCAUCGGUCACAGUUUAGGGGCUCACACCGCUGGAUACGCAGGAGAAAGGGUGCCAAAUUUAGGCAGAAUAACAGGACUUGAUCCAGCUGGUCCAUAUUUCUAUAAAUUGAAACCGGAAGCCCGAUUGGAUCCCACGGAUGCUCUUUUUGUUGAUGUCAUUCAUACUGAUGGAGCGGAUAUCAUACUAAUGGGCUUAGGAAUGAAUGAUCCAGUUGGGCACAUCGACUUCUAUCCUAAUGGAGGAAGCCUUCAACUUGGUUGCGUUCAUACUUCCAGCGACGACUCAAUGCAAGGAGCGAUAACGAACAUCACCGCUUUCUUUAUGUUCAAUGGUUGCGACCACGAACGAGCCAACAUCUAUUUCUAUGAAUCGGUCAAGUCCGACUGCGGAUUCGUAUCUCAGAUAUGCGAUGAUUACUCCAGCUAUGAAAAUGGAAAAUGUGAAAAUUCUGCAGUCACAGCUCGUAUGGGAUUAAAUGCUCAAAUGCUCCCUGAACUUCACUUUCCUGCGAAAUUUUUCCUCCGGACGAAUGGCCAAUCUCCAUUUUGCAUUAAAUGAAGGAUCCUGAAUAAAGAUUGAUCCUUCAGGAAAGGAUUGAUUAGAUUCCAUUUCAUCGUCUUACGAUUGACGACAAAUAGAUCUAUUCAUUUUGUUAUUAAAUUUAUUUUAUUAUUAAAAAUGUUAAGUAUCCAAAUAAAUUUCAGAAGUUGACAGUUUCUUA